AUGAGAUUAGAGAAGUGCUGGUUCUGCUCGUCGACCGUGUAUCCCGGUCACGGCAUCUGCUACGUGCGCAAUGACGCCAAGGUGUUCCGGUUCUGCCGGUCCAAGUGCCACCGGAAUUUCAAGCUGAAGCGCAACCCGCGCAAAGUGCGAUGGACCAAGGCAUACCGCCGUCUGCACGGCAAAGACCUCGCCUCCGACACUACUUUUGAGAUGGAGCGGCGGCGCAACCGGCCCGAGCGGUACGAUCGCAACGUGGUGGCAACGACGGUGGCGGCGAUGAAGCGCAUUGACGAGCUGCGCGUGAAGCGCCAGGCCAAGUUCUGGGAGAAGCGAAUGAAGGUGAAGACGAAGGAGGAGCGGCGGCAGGCACGCCAAGAGCUGGAAACCGGAAUCCACCUGGUGAAGGCCCCAGCAGCCCUCGCAGCAGACCCGUCCCUCACUCUCCCCAAGCCUCUCUCAACGCUCUCUGCAUCGGUGGCGGAGCAAGCAGCCAAGGAGAAGGCGAUUGCAGUGGCCAUGGAGGAGGGCGAGGAGGUGGGAGGAGAGAGAGCGGCAGCAGAGGCCAAGGCGGAGAGGGCAGUAGAGAGGAAGCUGAAGGGGAAGAUGAAGGUGAAGGUGGGGCGGGUGAGAGGUGCUGUGAUGGAUGCGGAUAUGGAGGGGUGA